AUGGGGUUUUCAUCAGGGCGCCUUGCAAUACUUCUGAUCUGCGCAAUUGGUUUCGUCCAUUCGUCUAGAGCAGCAACUGUCACCUAUGACUUCAACGUAACAUGGGUGACGUCGAAUCCGGAUGGCGCUUUCGAGAGACCUACCAUUGGCAUCAAUAACCAGUGGCCGGUUCCACGGAUAUCGGCAGACAUUGGCGACAACGUUGUGGUACAUGUCACCAAUCAGCUGGGAAACCAGUCGACAUCUCUGCACUUCCACGGCCUCUUCAUGAACGGCAGUACGCAUAUGGACGGGCCUGCGCAGGUUUCGCAGUGUGGGAUACCUCCCGGUUCAAGUUUUACCUACAACUUCACCAUCAACCAACCUGGUACCUAUUGGUAUCAUUCCCAUACUGGGGGUCAAUAUCCAGAUGGCUUACGAGGACCACUCGUCGUACACGACCCGGAGUCUCCCUUCCUCGGUCGAUAUGACGAAGAGCUAGUCCUGACAGUAUCGGACUGGUAUCACGACCAGAUGGCAGACAUGCUACCUACUUUCAUCAACAAGGGCAACCCGACAGGCGCAGAGCCAGUCCCACAAGCAGCGCUGUUCAACGACACCCAGAAUCUGAAGGUCGCAGUCGAGCCAGGCAAAACCUAUCUCUUCCGCAUGAUCAACAUCGGCGCAUUUGCUGGACAAUAUGUAUGGUUCGAGGGCCACAACAUGACCAUUGUCGAAGUAGACGGUGUGUAUCACCAGCCUGCCGAGGCUGAGAUGAUAUACAUUUCAGCUGCUCAGCGCUGCAGCUUCAUGGUGACGACCAAGAAUGAGACUACAGCCAACUAUGCGUUCGUAGCAAGCAUGGAUACAACACUGUUCGACACAAUACCCGAGGGUCUGAACUACAAUGUGACCGGAUGGCUUGUCUACGAUGAUGCCAAAACAUUGCCAGAGCCCACGCUGGUUGACGAACUGGAUCCCUUUGAUGAUAUGACCUUGGUCCCAAAUGACAACCAGACUCUCCUCGGCGAGCCCGACAAGAUCAUCGAGCUGGAUGUGAUCAUGGACAACCUCGACGAUGGAGCCAACUAUGCCUUUUUCAAUAACAUCACCUACAAAGCACCGAAAGUACCCACUCUCUACACAGCUCUUUCUGCCGGAGAACUAGCCACGGAUCCUACUGUCUACGGCGACUUCACCCAUUCAUUCGUGCUGGAGAAGGGAGAGAUCGUGCAGAUAAUCGUCAACAACCUCGACAGCGGGCGACAUCCCUUUCACCUUCAUGGCCACCAUUUCCAGGCCUUAUACCGCUCCGUGGAGGAAGGCGGGACGUUCGAAGAUGCUAAGCUUACGGAGGCCGACUACCCUGCUAUACCCAUGCGUCGUGAUACUCUGGUGCUAUACCCCGAUGGCAACAUCGUUCUACGCUUUCGGGCUGACAAUCCAGGAGUUUGGCUUUUUCACUGCCAUAUCGAGUGGCAUGUAAGCUCCGGCCUCAUCGCAACUAUGGUAGAGGCACCACUCGAUCUCCAGAAUACCAUAUCCAUUCCGAGUGACCAUCUGGAGGCCUGUGCUGCCCAAAACAUCGCGACAGUCGGCAACGCUGCGGCUAACACGGCAAACUUUCUUGACCUAAGCGGCGAGAACCGUGCUCCUAACCGGCUGCCUGAUGGAUUCACAACACGCGGUAAAGUUGCCUUGGCUUUCAGCUGUCUGAGUGGUAUCCUCGGGGUCGCCAUCGUCGCAUCGUACGGCCUGGCACCCGAUCCAGGAUCACAUCCUCACAUGGAGCACCGUAUUGCAGAGGCACAAGUGGUGGAUCCGCCAACAGCAAGUCCUGCGGCUGUAUCUGAGCCGAAGGAGGCCCCGCUCGUGACUACUGGCUCGGGGGGCGGCAGCUCCAGGAGUUGA